AUGAGCUCUGCAUCGGGCUCACAGGAUAUUCCCGUAAAUAUCGACCCAAAUGCAUGGACUGUAGUUUUACGCAAUGGGGUCCCGACUUUGAUCCCUCGUCAACAAACUCAACAGCUCCCACUUGGGCCCCAACAACCUGCACGCCUGGAGUUGGAGGCACCUCCAAACCAAGUCGGUCAACCUUCUUUACCUCUUCUUGAUAAGGAGGCGUAUGAGAACGCCUUGGCUCUGCAUUAUGCGAGUCAACCUGGAGCAUUAAACCCUGAUCAACACGUGUUUUUGAAGACCCGACUCAAGAAUCUACGAAAGGAACUCGACAAGUAUGACCAGCUAGUAGACCAACGGCUCGUUCACGAAAACGUCCAAGGGAGCCAAGUGGAGUAUAUGCCCGCACCGGGCAGCAGAAAUAACCAAACGACACCCACAACGUCCUAUCAACAGUAUACAGCGGAUCAAUUGCGUGCAUUAGAGGCAAUGAAUGCAACUCGACGCGAGGCCCUUGCAAGGGAAUUGGCUCAACAGUCUAAUAGACGACAAGCUCCCCUCAGAGAUGGGAUGGCCCAACCACAAAUAUUUAUGUCCGAAAUACCGAGUCAUCAAACAACCCAUCAGCAGACCCGAGCAUCAACGUCGGUCCCAGCAUAUGCAAGUGCUCCCCCAGCUUCCCAGCCUGUGGCCUAUGUUCGAUUUAAUCAACAAGACAUGUCGAGACAUCAGGCAUAUCUGCAGGAAUUACAAUCUAUGAUUGCUUCCAAUGGCAUACCAAACGGCACGGCGGGUCGUAAUGUCGUCCCUGCACCAGCUGCUCAACCCUCCACCUCAAGAGUUUCGCAACCGGUCAGACAACCAACCCAGAGCAGCUCGAAGACUCAACAACCUGUAAAUCAGGUUAAUACUUCUCAACAACCAAGAUAUCAAUUCGUCAUGCAGCCAUCAUCAAACGUGGCACAACCGGCCACAACCCAACCUGGGAUAUCCAAUAUACCAAUGCAAUCCGAUUCAAGAAUUGUUAACUCGAAUUGGCCGCGCUCUGGUGCAACGAGCCAACCACUACAAACCGCAGUACAUAUUCAAGACGUACGGAUAUCGAGACAGCCAGUAACCUUGACUCAAACGGCUGCUUCGUAUGCUCCUUCAAACCUCAUCAUACCCAUGUCUCAGGCAUCAAACUCCAAUGCCGAGACACACGCCCAUAUCAGCCCAGUUUCCAGUCCAGAAAAGCCCGCACCUGCUGCAAACACCGUGCCCCUAAAUCAUGGACAAGCGGCCCGUAUUCAUCCCCACUCUACAACUGAUAUAAAUCCUGUACCUACUCAGUUUCCCGUCACGGGUCUUUCGCUACCAUCGAAAACGGUAGAUAAACCCACACAACACGUGCCACAGCAGGGACCUACCCAGCAGAAUCCUGUCGAUAG